GCUCGCUGCUACUGAUGUUAAGUGACCUAGCUAACUAUGAAGUUCACCCACACUUUUCUUGCAAGUCAAGACGUGUUUUUAAUUCAAAGUUCCACCCAGGAUGUGCCCAGCAUUGAAGACAGACACCGAGAUACUGAGGACAUCAGAGGAUGCCUAUGAGAGACUCAUCCUGCACCACCUAAAGCACUAUGGACUCUUUACAAGCAGAGAGAAUUCUUUCCAAGGCAACCUCUUAAGACAAAGAUGGAGGGAUUUCCACCACCCCGGCUCCCUCCACCCAGGCACCCACUCCCCUGACAGCAAUAACUCCAACAUGGAGGAUGAGGAUGAGGAGCAGGAGCCUGGCAGGCCAUUCACCUUGCACCUGGGACAGGCCCUCAGGACCAGGCAGCUGGUGAUAGAUUUUGAUGGGGAGCGUCCCAUCCCCCGGCUUAGGGAGCCCCUGGACCUGUUUGCCAUCCCCUCUCCCUCCACCCCCUUGCAGGGGGUCCGCUGGCCCAUUGAGCGUGAGGUCAUCAAGGAAGCCAUACACCACAUAGAGUGGGAACCUCCAGACCCAGAGCCGUUCUACCAGCCCACGGGCCAUGAGAGGGCCCCCAUGCCUGUCGGGGAGGAAAAGGGGAACGUGGUUUACUGCAUUGACCCAGGCACAAAGACCUCCUACUUCACCUGCUCUCGCGUGGGAGGAAGCAGGGGACCCAUCAAGAGCUCCACCUCCUGUGCCACGCAUCAGGACCAGUCCACCCUGGCCUUUGAGUCACGCUUCGAGAGCGGCAACCUGCAGAAGGCAGUUCAAGUCGGUGUCCAUGACUAUGAGCUCACCCUCCGCACUGACAUGUACACCACCAAGCACACGCAGUGGUUCUACUUCCGGGUCAGAAACAUGAAGGCAGGGGUCACCUAUCGCUUCACCAUAGUCAACUUGAUGAAGGCUAGCAGUCUGUACUGCCUGGGCAUGAGGCCUCUGCUCUACUCUGAAAGAGCCGCCUGGGAGAAGGGAGAGGGCUGGCGCCGAACUGGCUCCAACAUCAGAUACUACCACAACCAGCACCACCAGGCUGAGCAGGACAACAACACCACCACCAACACAAAGUCCCUCCACUCCCUUACCUGGACCUGCCAGUUCCCCUACAACUCAGACACCUGCUAUUUGUCACACUGCUACCCCUACACCUACACCCACCUGCAGCGCUACCUCAGCCGCCUCACCUCCAACUCGGCCACCGGCGCCUACUGCAAGCUGCGGGUGCUGUGCCGCAGCCUGGCUGGCAACGCUGUUCACGUGCUGACAGUGACGUCACCGGGAGGGGGGUGGAUGGAUAGGAGUGCCAAGCGGGCGGUGGUGGUGACAGCCAGGGUGCACCCCGGGGAGACGAACAGCUCCUGGAUAAUGCAGGGCUUCCUUGACUUCCUGCUGGGAGAGUCAGACGACGCCAGGCUUCUGAGGGAGACCUUUGUGUUUAAGGUGGUGCCCAUGCUGAACCCAGACGGUGUGGUUGUGGGGAACUACCGCUGCUCUCUGUCAGGCAGGGACCUGAACAGGAACUACAAGACCCUGCUGAGGGACUCCUUCCCCUGUGUCUGGCACACCAGGAACAUGGUCAAGAGACUGAUGGCUGAGAGGGAUGUGGUGCUGUAUUGUGAUUUCCACGGUCACAGUCGUAAGAACAACGUCUUCAUGUACGGCUGUACCAACAGCGAUGACGCCACACAACGGCUCCAUGAGAGAGUCUUCCCUCUCAUGAUGAGCAAGAACGCCAAUGACAAGUUCUCGUUCAGGAGCUGUAAGUUCAGGGUUCAGAAGAGUAAAGAGGGAACAGGACGCAUCGUCAUGUGGAGGCUAGGCAUCAGGAACAGCUACACCAUGGAGUCCACCUUCGGAGGCUCCACUCUGGGGAACAGGAAGGGGACCCAUUUCACCACGACUGACCUGAAGUCUCUGGGGUACUACUUAUGUGACACACUGCUGGACUACUGUGAUCCUGACCCAACCAAGACCAGUCACUGCCUAGCUGAGUUGCGGGCGAUGUUAAGGCAGGAGGUCAGAGAGAGACUGGGCCGGGAGGUCGACUCUGAUGGAUCUCUCAGCGUCUCCGUUUCUGACAUCGAGUCCAGUACCAGUGGCUCAAACAGCACAGAGUCUGAUGGCCUGCCUGUCCAUCUACUGAACCGAACUGAUGAGCAGAGCCAAGCGAAGAAGAAGCACCUGAGGAGUGGUAAGGAGAGGAACAGACUGAGACAGGAGAGAGUGAGGAACGUCAACCCAAAGGUCCUCCACAGGAACAUCAAGAACAUAGACCCUGUGCUACCCACUGAGGACAUAAUGAAGGUGAGGAUCCAGGAAAAAACGGUGGCCGUGGUCAGAGAAAAGAAGAAGAGAGAGAAGAAUGAAUACCUGGAGGCUGUGAGGGCUGCAUACCUGCAUUCUCACCCUACUCAGCCACCUGUCACAGAGGAGCGGCGGCAGUAUUGGAGUCCCCAGCUGCAGUUUGGCACCUCCCAGGCCCCGCGGCCAGGCCCUCAGCGUCGCCCCUUAUCUGUUACAGCCAUACAGCAACGCAGCUUCUCCUUGCCUGUGCCCACUGCGAAGAUCAGGGUUCACACCACCCCCAUUCAUCAGCAGCCCAUGCCCUUCAGCCCCGAUCACAGAAGCCACGCUGGGAUGAGAGAGAGGAUGCCUGCUUUAUACACCUCAGCAACCCAUAGCCAUAGGUCUCCCCCAGGCCUGGAGCCCUGCCGCUCCUCCAACUUCUACCCAGCCAAGUCCCACCACCAGUGGCCACGCCCAGAGAAACAAGGCAACGCAGCCCGGGUCUCCAUAGGCUACUACAUGCCAGAGGCUCCAACCUCUAACACAGACGCCCUGGAGCCCCUACGGAGGAGCCCAGAAAGAGACUGCACAGCAGGUGUAUCAGUAUCAAAUGCUGUGCCUGUGGGUGAGCAGGACCAGAGGGGACCUCAAGCAGCCUUUGAGAAGCCACUGAGUAAGCCUGGGACAGACGGUAACUCCUUCCUGCCAGACCUGAGGCACAUAGACUUCAGAGGGAAAAGCCAUGGCCGUCUAUGGGGGGACCAGGCAGGGGCUGGAGUACAGAGGCAGGGCCCCUCAAAGAGAGAGCCGCUGAGGGGGGAAGGUAGGCGUGUGUGUGGAGGAGAUGCAGCAGCAGGAAGUGUGAACAGCAACCACAGGUUGGCCCAACAGACAUUGCAAGAGGAGGAUAAACAGGAAAUGGGCGUUUUACCCCAGAUGUCCUCGACCACCCACACCAAGAUAGAUCAUCCGCCCCCACAGCUAGACAGUCAACGCAGGCUCCAGAAACUCAGCCGGGCCAAGACCUCCAGGUUCCAUUCCAGUGGGAGAGGGGCGGAGGCAGGGACAGGGAUGGAUCUGGAGGAGAGGAUGGUCGCCAGACCGUCAGGGUCUGCCCCUCCUCGCAGUACAGCACAUUUGAGCUGAGAACCAGGCAGGGACACACAUUGGCAAAUGUACCAGACAGACUGCUGAUAUGAACCCCUGGAGAUGGACGGAGACUAGAGGGAGUUUCUGCUCUAUUUUGACCAUAAGCACAUUGCCUUUCAGGUAGAUAUUGAAAAUUACAGUGGGGAAAAAA